AUGCCGCGGUCUCGUUCUGUGACGAAGGUUUACGUUGGCGACUUGCCUAGGGACGCUUCAGAGAAGGAGCUUGCUCGUGUUUUCGAUCGCUACGGUACUGUGAGGAAUGUGUGGGUUGCACGGAACCCACCAGGGUUCGCCUUCAUUGAGUUUGAGGACGCGGCAGACGCAGAAGACGCUGUAAGAGAUCUCGAUGGAACAGUUAUUUGCGGCGUCCGCGCUCGUGUGGAACUAAGUAAUGGCAGAACUCGUCCUAAGCCAUGGAUUCGCGGGGGUCGUGACGGAGAUCGUUACGGUGAGCGCCGAACUCGGCCGUUUGACCCUAACGAUCGCUGCUUCGAGUGUGGUGAGCGAGGCCACUAUGCGUACGAUUGCCGUCGUCGUCGGUCAUCACGACGUUCCAGGUAG